AUGGACGUUCCGGCCCACGGAACCAACCGGAACCCGCUGGAAAGCACCCCUUUUCCGCCUCAUUCCGUACAGUUCCGCUCAGAUCCCGACGGGACUAAGCGGAAAACCACCGGGAAACUGGCGCAGUAUUCCAAACCGGAAAGCAUCGGACAUGGAACCGGCUCGUUCCUAGUCAAUCCCAUAGUAUGGUUUCCGUCGGGACUCACAAUACCCGACCGACAAAAAAGUUACCGAAAAUAUCAGCAAAGAGGUUUCGGAAACACCGGAACAUUCAAUCAGCUUCCACCAAAAUCCCAAGUCUUUCGACGAAUUAUUGUCGGAUCCCGUCAAAUAUUCCGACUAAAUCCAGCUGACAGCACUCGAUAA